UCAUAAUUUUAUCUCAAAAGCUCAUUCGAUGGAAAAGAACCUCCAAAAUUGCUUUUACUCGCAACUUUCUUGUUUUCAUUGCUCAGAGGAUGAUUUUAAGUAAUUUUACGCUCACUCUCUCUUGAUUUUCAUAGUGCUUCUGCUGUUGAGGGCACGCUGUUGCAGAUCUUAUAGUUAAAAGAAUGUCUGCUCUCUUCAAUUUCCAGUCCUUUUUAAUAGUCGUGCUGCUAGUGAUAUGCACCUGCACUUAUAUCAAGAUGCAUUUUCCCGCUCUUCUCGAGCACAGAACGGGGUUUCGAGGUUUUUUUUGGAAGGCUGCAAGAAUAGGUGAGCGAUUGAGCCCUUGGGUGGCUGCAGGAUGCUUGACUAUGGGCUUGGCUAUAAUGUUUUUUUGAUAUUUAGAUCUACUUAGGAUGACAGGAGAUUCUAUGGCACUACCCUUCAAGUUCUAAUUGAUGAGAAAAGGUUGAUUAUCCAAAAUAACUUUCACGUUCGAUGUUGCAUACCCUGCAGCCUUUGAUUAGUAACUUUUUGUUGGAUAUACUGUGAUGAGUAACUCCUACAUAUGCACGUUGCAUGUGUUCUCAUUUGGAAGUUUGGUUGUACAAAUAUGGUGAGCUUUGAUAUUUUUUUAAGGCUAGGUUGCCUUGAAGUGUACUUUAUUAAGAUUUCAAAGUUUGUGAUUGGUCGGUCCAAUUUUUUGAGAAAGGCAUUCCAUUAAAUUGGUUUGGGUUUGCAGAUGUAAAGAAAAAUGACAUCGUAAACAACUGACUUUUAUAUGGAAUUAUUGUUUGAUAAGAAAUCAUAUGGCCAGUAGAUAUGAUAAUUAUUCAAUCAGAAUCCUAAAGCAUAUAAAUAUUUAUUUCUUUCA